AUGAGGUCACAGAAUAAAGCCAGGAUCCUAGUAACCACAGGGAGCCCAGCAGCCAUUUGGGCUGGGGCCAGCGGAGGACUUCGGCACAGCCCAAGCCAACCCUCACUAAACAGCUGGAGCGCCGAGUCCCCUGGGCUCUGGUGUCCAGUCAUGAAACGCCACUUCACAGACCACAGGGGAGAACAAUCACCAACAGAUGGGACCAGCCUCAGCUUGGCCAGCCCAGAGCCCACGGGGGAGAGUGUGGAAGUGUGCGGUUCAGGGACCGUGGAGAGAGAGAAGACGUCUUCACGGUCGGGGCCGGCCAUUCCCCACAAGGAGAACGUGUGCUUGGCCCACAGGGCUCCUGCGAUGCUGAGCUGGAGCGGCUCCUCGUCCUCCCGGUCCUCCUCCGAGUAUCAGUCUUACUCCCAGUACCAGUCUUGCUACUCCUGCCUGUUCGACGACGAGGACACGGCCCAGCGAAGUGUGUGCGCCUUCUACACCCACGUGCAGACGGUGCAGGGCGUGGCCGUGGCCUGGGAGACCGAGUCGGGCUUUGAGCCGGUCAGCCGGAAGCCCCGCAUUCACGAGGCCGAGUUCGUCAAGAGGCAGAGGAGGAAAGGCUCCUCCUUUGAGAUGGCUUCCAACAGCGACCUGUGCUGGGAACUGGAAGCCAGCAAGAGCCACUGCUGCCCAGAGCAGGAUGACGCGGAGCUGCUGGGGCCUCUGGAGUGCUGCCCGCAGGAGCUGCGGGACACCCCGGACUGGCUGGUCACCACGGACUACGGGCUGCGCUGCGUGGCCUGCUGUCGGGUCUUCCCCACGUUGGAGGCUCUGCUCAAGCACGCCCAGUAUGGCAUCCAAGAGGGCUUCAGCUGCCAGAUCUUUUUUGAGGAGAUGCUGGAGAGAAGGCGGGCCCGGGGCCAAGUCCGGGAGCAGAAGCUGGAGGAAGAGGAGGAACAGAGCCCUUCAGAGGGCAGUGAAUGUUCGCGGCCCCAGGCCAGGGCGCUUCCCUCGUAG